AUGAAUAGCCACAAGUGUCGCUCGUAUUCCAGCACCUACAACGAAGAUGUCAAAGGCGCCUCCAACAGUAUUGCCAGCAUUCGACGUUACGGCACAGUCGGCAAGCGGCUGGCCAUUCGCCGGGAGCUGUUUGAGAAAAGGCGUCGCCUCGGCGAUGUCUCACUCCUUCUCGCCACUUGCGGUAUCGUCCUGAUGAUGAUUGAGUUGGAGCUUUGUCUGUCUUCCGUCAUUGAUAAGACAUCGUCGACAUCCUUCUUCGUGAAAUUGUGCAUUACCAUCACGACCAUUGUCCUCUUGGUCGUACUCGGACUAUACCACCGUGUUGAUAUAAAGCUCUUUACUAUCGAUAACUGCGUGGACGAUUGGUGUCUGGCCAUUGACCGGACCCGCGUACUCAAAAUCGGACUCGAACUGCUCAUCUGCUGUGUUCACCCGAUUCCCGGGACUUACACCAACGUUCCUUUCACGACGUCGCCCCCACAAAUGACUCCGGCAGCGGCUGUGGCGCCUGGGGCAGCUGUUGCCGCCGCCGCUGCAGCUGCCGCCGCGGCCGACGCGACAACACCAUCGCCGCUGUCAGCCGCACUUUACCCUUUCAGCGCCCACGCAGCUCCGACAACUCCGGUAUUGUCUCUGGAAAAACCUUCCCCUGCAGCGUCAACGCUUAUAUCCCCCUCCCCGGCCCCGUCAUCUUCCUCUUUUCUAAUCCCAACGUACGACGUAUUCCUCGCUCUCCCUAUGUUUUUACGCGUGUAUCUACUUUGUCGCAGUAUCAUGUUACACAGCCGUCUUUAUGAGGACGCCUCGUCACAGAGUUUGGGAGCGUUGAACAGAAUCCAUUUCAAUUUUGCGUUUAUUUUUAAGUCAUUUAUGUCUUUGCAUUCGGAUUAUGUGCUUAUCAUGAUUACAAUUACGGCCUUUCUGAUUAGCAGCUGGUGUUUGCGUCUUUGCGAGAUUCAGUUCCGACCGACCGAAGCUACUAUGUUGAAUUCAAUGUGGCUAAUCGCAGUCACGUUUCUAUCGGUUGGUUACGGAGACAUUGUUCCCGUGUCGUACUGCGGCCGGGCAAUUGCUGUUAUCACAGGAAUUAUUGGAGCAGGUUGCACGGCCCUGGUCGUAGCCGUGCUGGCGAGGAAACUGGAACUGACGCGUGCCGAAAAAUACGUCCAUGACUUUGUCAUCGAUGCCGAUCUCAAUAAGCGAAUUAAACAUGAAGCUGCCAAUGUGUUGAGGGCCGGUUGGCUUAUUUACAAAGCGAACAAGAAUCAUGCGUCAAAACGAGCUGUGAAUGAACACCAGAGAAAAAUGCUGCGGGCCAUCUACAACAUACGGGAGAGAAAGGCGCAACAGCGCCGCCUAUUAGACAGCACUGUCACCUUGGUGGAGGUGAAUAAAGGACAGUCAGACAUGUCGGUUAAUAUAGAUCAGCUGCGCAGCAAGCAGCAGGCGAUGGAGGAACAGAUUUACAGCAUUCGGAAGGCCGUACUUGGAGUGCAUGAAAAGCUAGAUAAGCUUUACCACGUCUUAAAUAAAAGUCCCUCCUGA